UCGAAGCGAACGGACGUGCCGUGUUUCUGGCUGUCGGACGAAUGCAGAAAAUAUGCGUUGCAAGUGUGAACAGUGAAAAAGUGUACAAUCUGUUCUGAUCAAUAAUAAUCUUUAAAUAUUAAAAAUUCAAAAUAUUUUACAUAUCAAACAGUUGAUGUGGUCUUUUACAUAUAAAGGCAACUUUAAUAAAUAUUUGAUAUCAUACGGUGGGACUGAAAUCUUAUCAGUUUUGCAAGUGAAUUUACGAUACACAAAUAAGUUAUUCAAAACAAUAAAUUUACACCACUUUUUGGAUUACGCGUUCUUCUUGAAGAAUCAUUGCCAAAUUUGAACUAUGGCAGUCGUCAAAGCAGACAAAUUUUACAUGCAAUUAAAUGCUGCAGAGCUAGAAGCUAUAAUCGAAAAAGAUUCACCUAGCUCAAACGACCGAGACGCUGGCUUCUGUUCCGCAAGCUCUGAAAGCGAAGGUGGUGACGAUUUGCUCCUGGAAAAUGUACACACGAUUUGUGAAGAUAUUAGACCGUCCAAAGAGUAUGGUGCAGCCGAAGAGAAAUCUAUUGUGUUGGUGCGCAACAAACGGAAAAGCUUGGAGCCAUCAAAAGUCGUGGAGUCGACAUCGCUGUUAGCAGCUAGUUCGUGUAUGACAGCAUCUGGACCUCUUAAGAAACGAAUACGAUACACUUCGUCAGCUGACUCGGCUGUGGUGUUAACUCCACCGUCCUUUCCUUCUCCGUCGUACAUUAAUAGUAACUGUAAUUUGCCUUCAACAGUGGAUAACGUGUUGAAUCCCAGCUUAUCUACGCCGCAAGCAAUAAUAGCAAAUCCUGCGCACAUCUUUGUUCGUCAUCCAGGUGUCACCACUUUGCAUCGUGCCUUUGGUUCUGGAACACAACCCGAACAACAAGAACCGUUGGCAUUGGUUGCAAAACUGGCCCAAUCAAACAAAGCAGUAACCAAUGGAUCGAGUUCUAUUCACGAGAGUGAUGAGUUUAAAUCAUUAUCUACACCAUUAAAUGAAACUGCUAUUGAAGAACUUGAUGAUGAUACCUGUAAGGUUAAUCACAAUAGCUCCCAAACCAGGCCCCAGCAACGCAACUACAAAAAUAUGACUCGCGAGCGCAGGAUUGAGGCUAACGCCCGAGAACGAACACGCGUACACACUAUAUCGGCAGCUUAUGAGACCCUUCGUCGUGCAGUUCCAGCCUAUGCUAGCUCUCAAAAGUUGUCGAAGCUUUCAGUGCUGCGUGUGGCCUGUUCUUAUAUUCUUACGCUGAGUCGCAUGGCGGGAAAGGACUACAGUUCGGAUCAUUCAGAGCCGACUAUUGCUGAUUGUAUUGAGGCUAUUUCUACCACAAUACAAACUGAAGGCAAGAUAAAAAGAAAGAAAGAAGAAUAAACGGCACGAAAUAUUAACUAUUACUUAAUUUUCAAAAGACUUUAUGUGACUGACUUAGUACUUCUAACUGUUUAUAUAGUGACCUAAUAGUUCCUGCGCUGACCAUACUGUGUACUGUUGGUUAUGUACCAUUUAAGAAAACUUUGAGUCCUUGGCGAAACAGCUUUAUUCGUUGGCAAAAAUGCUUUGAUAAUCAAAUGCUUACCAGGGAUAACACGUUUACGAGUAUAUGUGCAUAUUUUAAAUUAAAAAAUAGUAUAAUUGGAUGCAAAUCUGCUAUGUGAUCUUAUUUUAAAUUCGAAGUAAAGCUGAAUAAUAUUAAUGAUUAAGGUUUUCUCUAGUACAAACUAAAUUUGGAAAUUUUUGAAAAGACAAUAACUACAUGUUUAAAGUUAACUAUAAUUAAUUAAUGAAAGUUAUGUCAAUAAAAUCCCACACACUAAUAAAAUAGAUUUGAAUAAAAUUUGCACCCUUAAGAGUAUAAAUGAAUUCUACAUUUUUGAAUUAAAUGUAUAAAGUCCCUUACGAUCCAAAACAACAACCUUAAUUAAAUGGUGACGUGUUAAGAUACAGUUUGUACACAUGUUAAAAAAAUAUUAUUUAAAGGGAUAUAAAAAGUCAUGUAAAAAAAAUCAAUGUAAAAAGACAUGUAUUUCGGGAAAUUUAAUACCAUGUAAAUAGCAAAACCUUUAACAGAUAAUCUCAUUUUUUAUACAUAUAUAAAUGUAAUAAGUGCCAUAAAAGCAGAAGGCUUAAAUACAAAAUUGGUUACCACAUAAAAUAUUUAUGUA